AUGAGCAGAAUGGAGAAGGAGAAUAAGACAGGUAUUUCUGAAUUCCUCCUCCUUGGAUUUCCUAUCAGGCCACAGCAUCAUGUACUGUUCUACAUUAUCUUCCUGAGCAUGUAUCUCACCACAUUGUUUGGGAACCUGCUUAUUAUCUUGCUGAUCAGACUGGACUCUCACCUUCACAGUCCAAUGUAUUUCUUCCUCAGUCACUUGGCCUUUACUGAUGUCUGUUUCUCAUCAGUGACUACCCCAAAAAUGCUGUUGAACAUGCAAUCAGGAAGCCAGACCAUUACCUACAAUGGCUGCAUCUCACAGACAUAUUUCUUCAUAUUCUUUACUGAUCUGGACAGCUUCCUGCUCACUGCAAUGGCUUAUGAUCGCUAUGUUGCCAUCUGCCACCCUCUCUACUAUACCACUGUCAUGAGCCAGAAUCUCUGCAUUCUAUUAGUAGUUGGAUCCUGGAUUUUCUCCUGUGCCAGCUCCUUAACCCAUACUCUUCUACUGACCAGACUGUCCUUUUGUGCAGAUAACAUCAUAGCUCACUACUUCUGUGACUUGGCUGCUUUGCUCAAGCUAUCCUGUUCAGAUAGCUCCCUCAAUGAACUAGUGAUAUUCACUGUAGGGGCAGCAGUCGUUACACUGCCACUUAUAUGUGUCCUUGCUUCUUAUAUCCGUAUUGUUGCCACUGUCCUGAAGAUCCCUUCUACCAAGGGGCUCUGCAAAGCCUUGUCCACCUGUGGCUCCCAUCUAUCUGUAGUAUCUUUAUAUUAUGGGACAAUUAUUGGCCAGUACUUUUUCCCUUCCUCUGGUAAUUCUAACAUCAAAGACAUCAUUUCUGCUAUGAUGUAUACAGUGGUGACACCCAUGCUGAAUCCCUUCAUCUACAGUCUGAGAAACAGAGAUAUGAAGGGUGCUUUGAAAAGGAUCCUCAAUAGAACAAUGUUCUCCUCUCAGUGA